ACACGAUGGCAAAGCAUUGAGAAUAUGAAAAUCAAAAGACUGAAAAAGAGAAACUUUUAGUAGUAGUUUCUCUUUCGUGACGAAAAGUUACUUAAUAAGUUUAUUUAAGAAAUUUUGAUAAAAUUUAAUUAAAAUGUUUACAUUAAGGAGAGUUAUUCGUUAUGGAUUUAUUGGUGGCAGUAUUUUGGGGACAGGAAUAAGUUUACAUCAUAAUAAUUAUGAUAUCAGUGGUAUUGGAGUUGUUCGAUUCGCGCGAGCUGGUGUAGCCUUGGUAGAAAUAGCGACAAUUUAUAGACGUGAUCUUUAUUAUCGUGAAUGGGAUAAAUCCACAAAAGAGUAUCGGGAUCAGCGUAGUAAAGCACAUCAGAAAGCAGCCGAUCGUAUCCUUGAACUUUGUUGUCUUAAUCGUGGUGUGUACAUUAAAGUAGGUCAACACAUUGGCGCCCUUGAAUACCUGUUGCCAAUUGAAUUUGUGAACACCAUGAAAAUUCUCCACAGUCAAGCACCUUCAAAUACUCUCGAAGAGAUCUAUAAAGUUAUCCGACAGGAUCUUAGGCGUGACCCUUCCGAGCUUUUUGACUCCUUUGAUCCGGAACCACUCGGAGUUGCAAGCUUGGCUCAAGUACAUCGGGCGACCUUGAAAAACGGAAAGGAGGUUGCCGUGAAAGUUCAGCAUCAUUACGUUCGUGGAAAUGCUAAAGUCGAUAUGCAUACCAUGGAAUAUUGCAUAAAGAUUAUGGGAUGGCUUUUUUCAGACUUCAAAUUCCAAUGGUUGGUUGAUGAAUCAAAAAAGAAUCUCCCAAUCGAACUUGACUUUCUCCAUGAGGGUAAAAACACAGAAAAGGUUCGCAGACAUUUUGAACAUGUGAAAUGGUUAAAAAUUCCAAAAAUCUUUUGGGAAUUAUCGACAGAUCGCGUUUUAGUGAUGGAGUAUUGUGAAGGUGGACAAGUUAAUGACCUUAAAUAUUUAAAAGCACACAAUAUUGAUCCUAUGGAUGUUUCAAAUAAACUCGGGAUUCUCUAUUCAAAUAUGAUAUUUUUAAACGGUUAUGUUCAUUCCGAUCCACAUCCAGGUAAUAUUCUCGUCCAUAAAAAUAAGAAAGGCGGCACAGAUAUCGUACUACUUGACCAUGGAUUGUAUGCUAAGCCUGAUAACUACGAAAGAGAACUACUGUUAACUGGUGGUGCUUUGGUUCUUCCUGACAUCGCUGAUAUCCUUGAGAAAGUUGAUCGUCAAAUGCUUUUAGUACUUAAAACAAAUGACUUGAUUCGUGGUAUUGAAACGACACUCCAGACCCAUGAUCGCAUGACAGCUUUUUGGGUAAUGUCUAAAUGUUGCAUUAAAACAGUACGAAAUGAAGAAAUAUCGAAGACAGAUUCUUAUUGGAGAAAAUUUGCAUUAGUAAUGCGUUCCAGCUGGUCGCUUUUCAAAAUCAACUUCUUUUAUGUUUAUAUGGGCUUCGCACAAGGAAGUUUUUAUACAACAAUGAAACAACUUUUCAUAUAG